GGGAGGAUCAGAGACCAGGAGAACCCUAAGCCUGGCACUUGGCAGUCCACACCAACCUCCACAACUGCUCAGACUCCGCUCAGACCCAAAGGAUGUCCUGCCGCUCCUACAGAAUCAGCUCAGGAUGUGGGGUCACCAGAAACUUCAGCUCCUGCUCAGCUGUGGCCCCUAGAACCGGCAACCGAUGUUGCAUCACCGCCGCCCCCUACCGAGGGGUGUCCUGCUACCGGGGGCUGACUGGCUUCAGCAGCCGCAGCCUCUGUAACCCCAGCUCCUAUGGGCCCCGCAUGGCCGUUGGGGGCUUCCGCAGCGGGUCCUGCGGGCGUAGCUUCGGUUACCGCUCUGGAGGCGUGUGCGGCCCCAGCCCGCCCUGCAUCACCAGCGUGUCGGUCAACGAGAGCCUCCUCACACCCCUCAACCUGGAGAUCGACCCCAAUGCGCAGUGCGUGAAGCACGAGGAGAAGGAGCAGAUCAAGUGCCUCAACAGCAGGUUCGCUGCCUUCAUCGACAAGGUGCGCUUCCUGGAGCAGCAGAACAAGCUGCUGGAGACUAAAUGGCAGUUCUACCAGAACCGUGAGUGCUGCCAGAGCAACCUGGAGCCGCUGUUUGAGGGCUACGUGCAGACGCUGAGGCGGGAGGCCGAGUGUGUGGAGGCCGAUGGCGGGAGGCUGGCCGCAGAGCUCAACCACGUGCAGGAGGUUUUGGAGGGCUUCAAGAAGAAGUACGAAGAGGAGGUAGCUCUGAGAGCCACAGCAGAAAAUGAGUUUGUGGUUCUAAAGAAGGAUGUGGACUGUGCCUACCUGCGCAAAUCAGACCUGGAGGCCAAUGUGGAGGCGCUAGUGGAGGAGUCAAGCUUCCUGAAGCGCCUCUAUGAAGAGGAGAUUCGUGUUCUUCAAGCCCACAUCUCAGACACCUCAGUGAUCGUCAAGAUGGACAACAGCCGGGACCUGAACAUGGACUGUGUUGUUGCCGAGAUCAAGGCUCAGUAUGAUGAUGUUGCCAGCCGCACCCGGGCCGAGGCUGAGUCCUGGUACCGCACCAAGUGUGAAGAGAUGAAGGCCACGGUGAUCCGCCAUGGGGAGACCCUGCGUCGCACCAAGGAGGAGAUCAAUGAGCUGAACCGCAUCAUCCAGAGGCUGACAGCCGAGAUAGAGAAUGCCAAGUGCCAGGCAGCCAAGCUGGAAGCUGCUGUGGCCGAGGCAGAGCAGCAGGGUGAAGCAACCCUCAACGAUGCCCGCUGCAAACUGGCUGAGCUGGAGGGAGCCCUGCAGAAGGCCAAGCAGGAUAUGGCCUGCCUGCUCAAGGAGUACCAGGAGGUGAUGAACUCCAAGCUGGGCCUGGACAUCGAGAUCGCCACCUACAGGCGCCUGCUGGAGGGAGAGGAGCACAGGCUGUGCGAGGGCGUGGGCUCCGUGAAUGUCUGUGUCAGCAGCUCCCGUGGUGGAGUCACCUGUGGAGGCCUCACAUUUGGCACCACUCCAGGGCGCCAGAUCACCUCUGGCCCCUCUGCAACUGGGGGCAGCAUCACGGUGAUGGCCCCAGACUCUUGCAGUCCCUGCCAGCCCCGUGCCUCCAGCUUCAGCUGUGGGAGCAGUCGGUCGGUGCGCUUUGCAUAGCGUGGGGACCUCUGCCUCACUUCAGUCUUCCCUGGCACUGAGUGGUGCAUGAAUGGAAAAUGUGUGCUUGCUUCCAGAAUCUUCCAGAUGUUCCUAGAGGGAAGACCCUUGGGUCACUCUCCUCCACCUUCUCAUUUUAGGGAGUUGCUCCCUAGUUCUCCCCACUUCAGUUAGAAGGUUCACUCCCAGCCCUUUGCUUAACUCCAACUUUGUCUCCAGACCCUUGUGACCAGUGUGUGUUAUCCACCAGGCUCUCUGGGAUGCUAUCAGUCACCCAAAAUGGCUGGGACAGUGUGGGAGCUUGCCUUUCCUUGAGUCAAGGUGUGUUUAUAGCCACCUAGCCAAAGCUCCCACAAACUGGGAAUCAGAGAAGUGUCCCAUCCCCAGUAGAUGGCCAACACUGCCAGUUUAUUCUUGGUUGUGUUUGCUUGUCUCUCUACUUCCCUGCUUGCCUCUAAAUGACCCUACUCCAGCCCAAACUCCUCAUGUGAUCUGCAGUGGAGAGGCUCAUUUUCAUGAGAAUCCUUUUGCCUAUAGCCUCCUGAUAGGACACUUUGGAGACAAUGCACCUUUAUACAUUUCAAAGACUCCACGGCUGUUCCAGAUGUCCCUCUGCUAGAUGCAGGAGGGGUCUGUCCAGUGCAAAGCUGGUAAAUGAGAACAUAAGGCCAUUUCCUGGGUCCCCCUCUGGUUAUGUCUGUGAGUGAGUUGUCUUCUGAGUUGUCCCAAUCUGUGUUUCAAUAAAUGCUGCUGCAAUGCAAGUAUA